AUGGCCUUUUUCAAUCCGAUCCAGCUCAUCGCUACCCUCUUUCUCGCCCUGGUGGCCCUGCCUCUAGCCUUCCUGGCCUGCAUCACGACGUGGCUGGCCUGCUGGAUCCUAGUCACACGCCUACUGUUCGUCUAUGCAGAGCUGGCGUGGGAGAUUGUUCGAUACACACUUUACGACCGCUGGCGGCCGGGCCACUACAUCGAGUCACCCUCGGUCAGUCGCCGAUCCAGCCGGGCCGUCUCCCCCAUCGGCUCGCCCCCAAGGUCGCCCGAGUUCUCGUCUUUCAAGGGUGCCCCGCGAUCCCGACGGCGCGCCGGCAGUCUCAGCAGCACGGCCAGCACUGCCGUGCCCCGUGUCGCCUUCUCUGCCGCCGCUCUGCUGGAACCCAACCCCAACGCCCUGGAAAGGGACUUCGAGGGACUCGGCGGCUGGGUGAUUCACGACGACGGCGCAGACGUGGCAGACGAGCAGGCCUGGGAUACACUCAAUCCCCGGCUCGAGCCAGUCGAGUCCCAUCGCCACCACUCCCGCGCACACACAGUCGCCACGCCCUUUUCCACGGGCAAUUAUACGUUUGGGUCGCCCGCUAGGUCAGGCAUGAUGUCAGUGUCUCACAGCCCAGAGAGGCUGACAACGACAGGUCUAAGCCCUCGCAGCCCGGGCAGCCGGACGCCCACGAGGGCUAGGGGAGUCGGGCCCCUUACUCACCUGGAGAAGAGUGACUCGUAUUUUCCACUGCAGGCUCAGCUGAAGAAAAUUGCCGCUUGA